CCGAGCACGUGCGCCGGGCAGCUCCUCCAACCGCCGCUCCCGGGGAAGAGGGCGGCUUCCCGGGAAGCGGGCCGCCGCCGCAGCCGCCGGGACUCGGAAGUGCCGAGAGGGUUGUUGGGGACUCGUGGCGCGCGUGAACGCCGCCGCCGCUGCCCGGGACAGCCCGGAGAAACUCUCAGUGUGUCUGCCAAGACCCUUUGUCACGAGGAGCAAUGCUGCCCCGAUGGGAACUGUCUUUUUACCUAUUUGCUUCACUAGGCUUCCACUUAUAUUCUUUCUAUGAAGUUUACAAAGUCUCAAGAGAACAUGAAGAGGAACUGGACCGACAGUUUGACCUGGAGGCCGGCACUUUAUUUGGAGGAUUUAAGAAGGACCCAAAUGACUUUGAGUGGAGCUUCUGGAUGGAAUGGGGAAAACAGCAGCUGGUGCGGUUUCUGCUGGGCCACAUGGCUGUGUCUCAGGUGGCCGGCGUGCUUGCAAGGAAGCACAGACCCUGGAUCCUGGGGGCUUACGGAAUGUGGGCCUCCUGGUGUGUUCUGGGGGCCCAAGGCACGGCCAUAAUUUUUCUCCACACCCUCAUCUCCUUCUGCGUGGCCCAGUUCCAGUCGCAGCUCCUGUCAUGGCUCUGUUCUCUCUUCCUGCUCACCACACUGAGGCUGCAAGAUGUGGAGGAAGUUAAGAGAGGGUGGUACCAGACGGAGAACGAGUACUACUUGCUGCAGUUCACGCUGACCGUGCGUUGCCUGUACUACACCAGCUUCAGCCUCGAGUUCUGCUGGCAGGAGACUGAGAACAGCUUCUACUCCUUUCCCUGGCUGGUGGCCUACGUCUUCUAUUACCCCGUCUUCCACAACGGGCCCAUCCUCAGCUUCCCAGAGUUCAUCACCCAGAUGCAGCAGCAAGAGUACUGCUCGCUGAAGUCCAGCCUUUCGGCCUUUGCCCUGGGGCUGGGUCGCCUCCUCUGCUAUUGGUGGCUGGCAGAGCUGAUGGUUCACCUCAUGUACAUGCACGCCAUCUACAGCAGCGCCCCUCUCCUGAGGGCUGUCUCUUGUUGGACCUUAGGAGGACUGGCAUUGGCUCAAGUGAUCUUUUUCUAUCUGAAGUACUUGGUUCUCUUUGGUGUCCCAGCUCUGCUCAUGCGCCUGGAUGGACUCACACCACCACCCCUCCCUCGCUGUGUGAGCACCAUGUUCAGUUUCACGGGGAUGUGGAGGUAUUUUGAUGUUGGACUGCAUGAUUUCUUAAUCAGGUAUGUGUACAUUCCAGUAGGCGGGUCCCAGCAUGGGCUGCUGAGGACACUGUUUGCCACUGCAGUGACGUUUGCAUUUGUGAGCUUCUGGCAUGGUGGCCAUGACUACCUCUGGUACUGGGCAGCGCUCAACUGGCUGGGAGUCAUCGCGGAGAACACAGUCCAGAGGCUUGUGCAGACCCCGUGCAUCCAGGACAGCUUGAUUCACUUCUUCUCCCCACAAGCCCGCCGUCGAUUCCACGCCGCCUUUGCGUCUUGUUCCACCUCCAUGCUGAUCCUGUCCAACCUGGUGUUUCUUGGGGGCAGUCAAGUUGGGAAAAUCUACUGGAACAGGAUCUUCAUACAAGGCUGGCCGUACGUGACACUCUCUGUCCUGGGAUUCCUGUACUGCUACUCCCAUGUGGGCAUUGCCUGGUCCCAGACAUACUUGGUGGACUAAAGCUGCCCUGGCCCAUGCCAGCCCUUACCGCUGGCCUCCGAGCAAAUGGUGCUUCACCCUGACCUCGCACACCAGAUAACCUCCGAGGGACCAGUGCUUGAUCUGUUCAUCUUUUGUUGAAGUUACCUCACUCCAAGACUGGAAGCUGGAGCUCUCAUAGAAAAUUGACAACCAGAGAGGCUUCUAACUUUGGGGAGCUCAUCUCCCCCAUCAUUUUCCUGCUGAGUAAGCAGGGGUCCAGAGCAGGAGAAUCUUGCUCAGCUGCACAUGGUGACGUUGUGGUCUAGAACCCAGGCCCAGUGGCCCUUUGGGUUCUUUCUACUUUACCAAGAAUUACAUGCAAUAGACGUUUCUCGAUUAGAGCACAGAAAUCUUGAUAGUGAUAAGGCCUGUUAUCCACUGAGCAUCCUUCUGAAACAUUUUGGUAACAUGUAAAUGACCUCUUCCCCAUGUCCUGCAGUAUGGUCGCUAGAACCAGCACUGGGGUCUGAGUUUCACACUUCAGCUCCCCAGCAUGGCGGGGACAAUGUCAUGUUUCUAGUUACCCAGUCAAAGAACAUACAGCAUGUCCUGUGGUUUCCCAGGGGUCAGUACAGAAGACCAGUUAUUUAAACACUACCCAGGUGACUGACAUUUGGAUGCUUUGUGCCCUAGAUUUACAGAGAAGUAUAAAUAUGGCAGUUCCUCUAGCAGACAGUUAAUCUUCAUUUCCCAAUAUAGAAGCAGAAUUAAGAAACCAGGAGAUAAGUGUGUCCACAGACAGGUGCUAUCUGGUAAGUGACAAAGGGUAAAGGAUGGUCUUUUCUCCUCUCCAUGCAAGUAAGCUCCAGCAGUCAUCUUCCUACUCAGUGGUUUACACUCAGUAGUUCACAUUGUUUUGUUUUGUUUCAAAUAAAAUGGAGCCUUUCCUAUCACAUUGAUAAUUUACAUAGUUGUAGAAUCAUUUUGAAUUAGUUUUUGAGGAAAAUGCUUAAAACCGAAACACAUAAGUCUCAAUUAUUCAUUCUUUUGGAAAGUGAUGACAGGCCACUGACCCAAGUGGUAGAUAAUUCUGAAUAUGUCUGUUUGCCUUUGGAGGUUUUGGUUCUUUGUUUUCUUUUGAGACGGCAGGUGCUAAGUGGUAAAGAAGCUUUGAGGUUUCAAGACAUAGUGUACCUCGUCAUGGGCAAACUUAGUAUAUAUCUCAAACACCUGAAUUAAAUUGUCAUUGAAUGAAAGGUUCCCUUGGACCUGGUCUGGCCACAUAUCUCGUAUUUGUUGUCUACUGUGGUCCUUGUGUCCUGGCCAUGGUUUGAACUCCACGAGAUACUCCUAGACUGCAGGACCGGCCAUCUUGCUGACAUCCGUUCUUCCUAGCCCUUCUGCCUGGAAGAGCAGUUGUAGGGUGGAUGGUGUGGAGUGGGCACACCCGGUGUUGGCUCCUUCAAGGAACAGACCCAGAGGGGCAGGCGGGCCGGUAGCAGUGGCCUCAGCAACCGACUUGGUAAGUGAGAAGGAGGCCCAGGCAGGUGGUUCCAAGGUGCUGGGAAGAGUGAGCACUCAAAUGAUUACAGUACAUCAGGGACCGAUACUAGUUCAGGAACUGUGGUCAGCUGCAGGGAGUUUGGCUGAAGUUCACAUGGAAGGAAAGGGCUGGCUAAGGAAACACAGGAAUGUGAAGAUGAUUGUAGGCAAGUGUCUUAAUGUACGUACGUGUAUAAACAAUACAAAGAAUUUUGAACGCUUCAGAGACACCAUUGAUGUAAAAACAAACAGGCUUAUUCAUUCACUCAACUGUAUUAGAAGAAUCGGUGAAUAUAUUUGAAAGUAAUAAGCCUGAAUUUCUUUUAAACUAUCACAUGAUUUAGAGUGGUUCUCAAGAAUUAGUAAAUUAUUUGAGGCCCAGUUAACCAACAUGUGGAUUUUCUAGGACCAUUGUUUUCUUAUUUUAGCCUCUUGCUGUUCUCCAACUAUAAUAUGAAAACAAUAAUAAGUCUCUCUUCAUGCAUGUGAAGUAAAAUCUUGGAGUUACUUUAAAUGAGACUCUUGAAGUAUCUCUGAGAAGACAGAGCAGUUCCAGCUGAGGAGCGUGUGACAUGUCACUUUCCACAGUCAUCAGCCCUGGGCAACUUCAGGCAUGGGGCUGGAAAGCAACUAGACGAUGUCCCAAGGUAACUUCUAGCCCCAGGAUCCUCUGACCUCAACCUAGCCCUGGGCAAGCCAGAGCGCUCCAAGCAGGAUUGCCAAGAUGAUCCCCAAGGAGGCAAGCAAGACAUCUGAAGGGCAGCCAACUCGUGGCCAUCUUGACUAAUUCGGGACUGUACAGGAAGACUUAAAGGUAUUUUAUUAUUCCUUCAGAUUAAUUUGUUUGAAGUGACAGGAGAAAACCUUUUGUUCUAUUGAAGACUGCAGGCAUAGAAAGAAAAUAUAUCAUCUAUACAAUUAUACAAUGUUGUCUGUAUUGGGAGGAUAGUAAUUUAGCGGGACCGGUGUUCCCCUUAAAAAAACUGAGACUGCUCACUUGCUUAUUUAAAAUAAUAACAUAAUUGUAGACCAGUAUAAGAAAUUAAUCGUAAUGAGUUUGCUUUCUAACAAAUGUACCAGAACAUAUACAUCCAGUAGGACCAACUGUUGAGAAACCAGAUCACCUUGAUGGUGCUGGCCUUUCUCAGUGGGCAUUGAGAAAUCCGAGGCCCUUUUUCAGGGAAGUUAUUUUGUUUUUUGUCUUGUUUUAUUUUAUGUUUAUUAUUUUGAGGGAGAGAGAGAGAGAGAGAGAGAGAGAGAGAAUCCCAAGCAGGCUCCGCACUGCCAGUGUGGAGCCUGAUGCAGGGCUCGAACUCACAAACGUGAGAUCAUGACCUGAGCCGUUUUAUUUUAAAACAAAUCGACAGGGGCGCCUGGGUGGCUCAGUCGUUUAAGCAUCUGACUUCGGCUCAGGUCAUGAUCUCACAGUGAGAGAGAGAGCGUUGCAUUGGGCUCUGGGCUGACAGUGUAGAGCCUGCUUGGGAUUCUCUCUCUCCUUGUCUCUCUGCCCCUCCCCUGCUUGUGCUCUCUAAAAAAUAAGUGAAUAAACUUAAAACCAACAAAAUCCCCCCUUUUUAAUAGUUGAAACCCCUUUGGCACCCAGAAUGUAGUAUCUAUUACUUAGCUCUGUAUUACUAGUCCUUUUGACUAAUUAUAAAAAUCAUAUUCACAAAGAGAUAUUUUUCACAAUUGAAGAUAUAUCAAGAACAUACUGUUCAGUGCUUUAUUACGUGAGAUUCCUUUUUUUAGGUGAGAUUUUCGAAUGAAUAUCAAAUCACUUGGAAUUUUAAAUACUAUCACCUUUAAUGUUUAUUAUGCUUUUCUGCAACAUAAUGAAAUAAUAGGUUGUAGGGAGGAUGUCAUUAAGAAUGCCGUAUUCAUCCUGUGGCCUUAUGAGAGCAAGCAGAGGCCCGAAUAUGGCUUGCAGACCACAGAUUCCUCAUCCUGAGUUAAAUUCUGUCUACAAAAAGAAAAGUGCCCUUUUUGAAAUGUGGUCCAGUAGUAUUAAAUAAGAACUCAGGUUGACAGUAUUAUGGAGAAUCUUGCCAUGAGCAGGAAGUCAUACCUAUUAAAAUCAGAGCAGAAGUGAGGGCUGCUAGAGAAGACUCGUUGGUUUAGGGGCAAGCAGCCCUCGACCUUACUAGCUUCUGAGACCAUCAAUGAAUUAAAGCACAGCCCCUAACUCCCACUGUUGCUACGGAAUCAUUCCAAAAAGAUUCGGUUAUGUUUUUUACACUGUAUUUGAAAAGGCAGGGAAGCCUUCAUAAAUCUUAAAUUUCAAUCCAAAUUGUUUAAAAGUUCACCUCUCCUUGGGAGGCCACCUUCAGAUAAGUGUUAAAUCAAUGUGUUGUACCACAGCUUUCCAGGACGCCAGGUUUUGAAGGCAUCUCUGUACAUCUGUAUGGCAGACACAGCUCUAUUUCUAGAUCAUACGGCAAAGCACCUUCACGACCAUUCUCUCGCUGUGCUGUACUCAGACAUACAGUCUUGGUGUCUCUAGAAUUCUGAGUUCUCCAAAACCACACUGACAGGUGCUAUCCAGAUUGGAGGCUCUCAGACUCUUGAAUAGAAAGUACCAUCCUUGUUCUGGCACCUUAGAUCAGAACACCCAAUUCAGUGCCUUAAAAUUAUAGAAGAAAAGGCAAAGGCAAGUAUCAUGUAUAAAAUAGUUUAUUACCAUAAUAAAUAAAAUUAAACUUUUUUUUUU